AUGGCCUCUGGGGAUACUCAGUGUGACCUGUCCUACUGCGAUGGGUCUUCUAGUCUCUUUGCCUCUAACAGUGUGGGCAUGAAUGAGUGUGUGUGUCUGAUCCGACCACACGAUCUCUGGAGCAAAGAAAAAAGGAAAAAAAAGAAAGACAUCAAGACACGAGAUGGCUUUUCCAUGGCGAUAAUCUUUCAGUGUAUCCAUGUGGCUGCUUUUCUUGUACUGCCUCAUUUCCUAACUGUAUCAUUUGCUACACAAGAUGGCCUUGUAAUCAAUACAGCACAUGGGAAAGUUCAAGGGAAGUUGCUUUCAGUGGUAGGUGGUGAAGUCAGAGCGUUUCUAGGAAUUCCUUUUGGAAAGCCACCCAUUGGAAAACUGAGAUUCAAAGCUCCAGAACCAGUAGACAGAUGGGAGGGUGUGAAAGAUUCCACCAAAUUCUCAAAUUCCUGCUACCAGAUGCCUGAUACACUGUAUCCAGGGUUCAGAGGUGCGGAGAUGUGGAAUCCAAACACACCUUUAAGUGAAGACUGUCUGUACAUAAAUGUAUGGACCCCUGUUUUCAACAAAACCCGGCCCGCAUCACUGGUUCCGGUGCUUGUUUGGAUCUAUGGUGGGGGCUUUGUUGGAGGAACAUCCUCCCUGGACAUUUACCAUGGCCAUUUCCUAAGUAAAUCUGAGGGUGUUGUUGUAGUGUCAAUGAAUUACAGAGUGGGAGCUUUCGGUUUCCUGUCUCUACCUGACAAUAAGUACAUCCGUGGAAAUGCAGGCCUCCUUGACCAACAAUUGGCCCUCAAAUGGGUAACCAAUAAUAUUGCUGCAUUUGGUGGUGAUCCUUCAAAGGUCACUAUAUUUGGAGAGAGUGCUGGGGCAGGGUCUGUAGGCUUCCACCUGCUUUCUCCAGGCAGCAAAAAUCUUUUUCACAGGGCUGUGAUGCAGAGUGGCUCUCCUAAUGCACCCUGGGGAACAGUCCGUCUCCAGGAGAUAUGGGACAGGUCCCUAAUGUUGGCAAAAUUGCUGGGAUGCCCCACAUCUCAUUCAGCUCAACUGGAGUCUUGUCUGCAGCGAGCAAAUCCAAAAGAAAUUGCAACCAAGCAGUAUGAUGUCCUCAUGCCACCCUCACUCUUAAGUUUACCGUUUAUCCCUACUGUUGAUGGUGACUUCCUCCCAGCCGAUGUCGACGUGCUGCUAAGUGGCAGUGAUCUUCCUAAAAAGGAGCUGAUGAUAGGUUUAAAUAAAGACGAAGGGACCUACUUUCUUGCUUAUGGAGCGCCUGGUUUUAACAUCACAGGCCAGAGUCUCAUCACCAGGAAGGAGUUCCUGGAAGGUGUACAGCUAGAAAUGGCUGAUGCAAGUGAUGUCACCAAAGAAGCAGCCAUUUUUCACUACACCGACUGGACAGACCUUGAAAAUGGGAUGAAAAAUCGUGAUUUGCUGGGUAGUCUGGUUGGAGACAAACUGUUCGUUUGUCCUGUGCUGGAAUUCGCUCACAAGUACUCACAACGUGCCGGCAAGACAUUCCUGUAUCUUUUUGAUCAUCGCUCAUCUGUAAAUCCGUGGCCGGCAUGGAUGGGCGUCAUGCAUGGCUAUGAAAUAGAGUUCAUCUUCGGAAUGCCACUUAACGCUUCGCUUGGAUACACAAAGUCUGAAGUGAACAUGACGAAGAAGUUCAUGAAACACUGGGCCAACUUCGCCCAUACAGGAAAUCCAGGAAUUGAUGGAACUACUUGGCCGAUGUUCACUGCUGAGCAGCAGGAGUAUGUCACCUUGAACCCAAACCCUCCAGAGCUAAAGAGGAUGAUGAGAGCUAGAGAGUGUCAGCUCUGGACCAAAGUCGUGCCUCAAAUACAGAGGACAUCAGAUAAGUUGCAAUCUUGCUUGAAUAGAAGUGGAAUGAUUCUUCACUUGAAUUACUUCAUCCUUCUCAUGUCAUUUGUAAUAUGGUUAAAGAUAUUGGUUGAGUGAAGAUGCAUCAUCUCACUUGAGCUAAACUGUUUAUGUAACACUGACAUUAUGUUUGAUUUCU